UGAAAGAUUGCCAGCUCUCGAGAUGGAAAGGCGAAGCGAUGCCGGCUCGAGUGGCGCAUCGCUCUACGCAAGCAUUCCACUACUUCCACAACUGAAAGACUAUGGAUAUGUACGAUCAACUACAUCAGGAAGCGAGAACGUGUCCCCGUCCACUGCUCAAGUCAACGGUAUAUCCGUGACCUACGAGGACCAUGGUGGCGUGUGGCAAUUCCUAUCGCCAUCGUUGAGCCAGAGGCUCCCCUUGCGUGGAAUUGUUUGGAAGAAUCACUUGCAGUCGAACAAGACUAUAGACCGCCUGCAUGUCAACUUCCAGCAGUUAGAACCGUCGUCGCCCGUGGGGGGAACGACCAGCCUAGUGCAUUUGUUUGUGGUCAAAUGCGAGGACAUGGAAUCGUACAAGGCAAAAAUCAAGCCGUCUUUAUCGUCAUGGGUCGACCGCAUGGCCCUCCAGGGCCACGAAUGGCUCGUCCUGUACGUUCCGCUGGGAACGCAAGCUCCAACAACGUUGUCAUCGUCGUCGGUGGCGCGAGGUCUAGGGCUAGGCGCGUUGUCUCAAUCGUUUCGGGACUCAUCCAAGGUCUACCGCAAGAUCUUUGAACGCAUGAAAAGCGACUUUGCCGACAACCGAUCCGACAAGUCCAAGCUCGACCGAUUUUGCAAGAUCGACGUGCUCGACGGGAGUAGUGGGGUGCCUGGCCAGCAGCAGCAGCACGAAAGCCAGUGGUCGGAGGUCCUCAUCAAACUCAAGGCGUGCAUUAUGGACGCGUUCGACGUGCGAUGCGCAGAGUACGAAGACCAGUUGCGGGUGUUGGACGGCAAGCGCGCGCUGUCAGGAUGGGACUUUUGCUCGUUUCUUCAAGUCAAGGAGAGCUUGGCUCUGUUGUACAUCCAGGCCACCUUGUACGAUGAUUCCCUACGACACUACGACGAGCUCGAUGCUAUCUAUGCCGGCUUGGAUAACCAGCAGCCCAAUCAUGUCAAGGUUGACCUGAACGACCCAAUCUUCACCUCGACGCCGUUUGACUUAGACAUGACAAUGGUGCGGAUGAACAUCGCAGUCAACACUGCGUCCGUCGUGCAUGUUCGGUUGUACUUGUUUUGCCGGCAGGUCACAACUCUGUUCCUGAUGGAGUCGUACGUCGAAGUGUGUCGCCGCGGGCUCCUCUUCAUUCCGCAAAUGGUCAAACUCAUGAAAGCGCUCCUUCUCCCGACGGUUGUCGCGUCCGAAUGGGCUGUCGGGGCCGCGCUCGCACUGUGCGUGUCAUGUGAGCCCGAGACCUCCGGUAGUGCCGCAACACCGGCGUCAGCUAUGGCCCUGGGCGAUCUCCUCUACCUCGCUCGACGGUAUGCAAAAGCGCUCGACCUCUCAACAACAUCACCACUGUCAACCACGCCCUGGUAUCCAUUGAAAUCCCGCGCUGGGCGUGACGAAAUCACGCAAUUGGCUGCGAUCCAGUACGCAAGAGCCGGCCGCGUUCGACUGGCGGCAUACCUGGCUGCCCAACAACACCCGAUUGCAGGCACGGACGACGCAGCUGCGUCUCCACUUCUGGUACAACUACACCAGUACGAGAAAGACCAGUGGUGGAUGCUCAUGCAUGAGACACUCGUUCGGUUCAUGUCUGCGGAAUUGAGCCAACGCACCCGACGCGUUCACAACAUUGUCGAUAUGGCGUUGCACUGGCUCCACCUGGACGCCGCCGCCACUGUGGACGAAGGGUCCAAGACUGUGUGGGGGCUAUGCCUUCAAGCAUUGGCUCGAACCGCCACAGACACAGCGUCGUCCGAUGUCGUCCAUGUCGUGUGGACGCAUGUGUUUGAGCCGUCGGUAGUUGUGGUCGAGUCGUCACCUUUCAGUGUGCGGCUGCAAGUGGUGGUGAAGAAUGCCCUGUGCGUCGACGUCAGUGUCCAAGAAAUCGUUGUCACGUGCGAUCGCGAAGACAUGGGCGACGACUGUUUGACGCUGGACGAGCUGCCUCGUCCAGCUCCUGGCCAAAGUUAUAUGCGGUCGUCCACUAGCGACAUGAUGGACACCAUCGAUAACUUUACUGCGUUCUUGGACUCAGGAGACAGCCACACGCCGUCCAAGGCGAGCCCAUCCUUAGAGCGCACUGACACACAACUCGACGAUCACGUUGUAUCGUUGGCUUCAACGCCAGCGGUCCUACGUGCGCGCGCCCUGACGACCCUUGACGUCCUCGAGACCACACUACCCCACGGACGGUACAAAAUCCGUCAACUGCAGUGUCAGUUAGCCCACGAUGUGGUGGUCUUGCUGCCGUUGGACGAACCCGUGGCAUUUCGUGUUGGUCCGGUCUACAUGAGUUCCAUGUCGGUCGACAUUUUGUGUCCACCGAUUUUAUCCCCUCGGUCGUCCACACCAUUGACCGUCGUCGUUCGACCGCAUCAAGACAUUGUCCGAGGCGGUUCAUUGCGGCUGACUGUGCGAGGCGACCACUUUCACGUGUCGUCCUCAAGCCCAACGCCAUCUCACCAAGCCAGCGACGCAACAUCCUCCGUCAUCGUGGUGCCGCUGCCGAUAUCGCCACCUCAACAAGCCGACAUGACGUUCGAGUUUACUCUGGCAUCGACUUGGGAUGUGUGCGGCAUGCUCGACGUCAGCGCGGUGUGCCACGCUAUGGUUACGUCAAGCAGCUCCGACCAGACUCAGUACAACGUGACCUGUCACGCGGAGAUGCAACUGGCCAUCAUGCCGCUGGUGCAUGUGACGACGGCCGUACGCAGCUGCGCACGAGACUCGCUGCGUUGUGUCCAGGUCGAGAUUGUUGCCAACGACAAAGUCGCCGUCGAAAUCGACCCCUCCCGGUACGAAUGGCGUGUCGAUGUAAGCGGCGACAGUGCAAGCCUGGCAGCAAGUGCUCGGGGAGCGAACCUGCUCGCGAACCAGGCGCACGGUUGUCCCGGCCUCAGCAUUGUAGCCAACCCGAAUGCCCAACUUGAGAAGAUGGUACUUCAGCCGUCCGGAGUGUGCCACGCGGCAUUCCUGGUCGACGUGACGACCGAGUUCCCUGGAGAUGCUGCCGUUCUCAUGACGGUAUACUGUUCGCCCAUUUGGAAAGACCCCCGGACGAAUCAUGGCGCCCUUCCACCGGUGCCGAUCGACACCAAGGUAUGUAUUGGCCUGCCAUCACCGUUGUAUCGCCUGGUGUGUUCACCCGGUGUGUCGACGGCAACGCGCACAAAAUGGACUGUGUUUGACGUGGAGGUGACACUCCCUCCCACCGCGACCACAGUUUGGAUCGGCCUGGACGAAACCACCCAACGAAGCUGGGUGUGUGCAGGGCCAACCGUGCAGCGCGCGCGAUCGACAGUGACCUUUCACUUGCGACCGCUGCACGUGGGGCGGGUUGCGUACCCAUCCUUUUCGCUGAACACGCGCGAUCCAAGUAACGUCACUUCCGCAGUCGCUGCCACUCUCGUGCACCAACAGCCACAAGAUUCCUAUAUCCUUGUCGUAGCUUAAGAAUAGCCACCAGGAGGGAUGUGAAGCAUUCGUGUUACAGUAGAUCCUUGAGCCGUUGUCGACAGCUUCCACCGAUAACAUAACCAGCGACUACAUAUCUC